AUGAUUAAGGUCGACGCACCAGAUGAACUAUCCGGAGUAAAACUGUGCAUAGGCACCCAACGCCUCUUCUAUAAGAACAUUAGGAACAUACAGAGCAAAAGCAAGCAAAGGAGAGAAACUAACAUGAAUAUGGCAAGAACUCUGCACGCAGUCGGCGAAGUAAACGAUACAACCCCUAUAAGCGAUCAAGUCUGGCUAUCCAUUAGAAACAAGGACAUCCCUAAAAACAUACGAGGUUUCCUUUGGAAAAUCCUACACGGCGCCUACAAGAUAGGACAAUUCUGGGAUAAAAUACCUCAGUUUGAACAUAGAGGACAAUGUGGACUUUGCCGCAUACCUGAAUCAAUGGAGCAUAUUCUCCUAGAUUGCGGCAAAUCGUUAGCAUCAAGAGUAAUCUGGAAAGCAGCCAAAGACCUAUGGCUUAAGCGAGAAACCAGUUGGCCAGAAAUAAGCUUCGGCACAAUACUAGGGUGUAACUUGAUGACCCUCCGCAACUCAGACAGUAAAACGAAAGUAGGAGCCACCAGGUUGUUCAAAAUCUUGAUCCUUGAAUCAGCCCAUCUCAUUUGGAAGCUUCAAUGCGAAAGAACCAUCAGAUUCGAUGGAGAUAAGGACAAAUACCAUUCCGAGACAGAAAUUUACAAUAAAUGGGUACACGCCAUUAACAUGAGACUAAAAUUCGAUAGGCUACUCACCGAGUCAUUGAGAUGCGGUAAACGGGCUACUAAAAUUGACCUGGUCCUAAAGACCUGGAGCGGCCUCUUCAAAGACGAAGACAACCUUCCGGAUAACUGGAUCCGACAAACAGGGGUUUUAGUGGGUAUGACGCCUCACCGGCCUCCGGGCCGGAAUAGGUAA